AAAAGGGCAUUUUAGGAAAGAUAAAAUAGCCAAAACCUGAAUGUAAGAAAUAAAACGAGAGGCUCGUUAGAAACCCUAUCACUCACUCUCUUAUUAUCUCUCUUCUGCUUGGCCGUCAGCUGGGGUUUUAGCUUCAAAUCUCUCUCCCUUUUUAGAAGCUCCUAGCUAAUACUGCAUAAUGGGUAAGGAGAAGGUUCACAUUAACAUUGUGGUUAUUGGCCAUGUCGACUCUGGAAAGUCAACCACCACUGGUCACUUGAUAUACAAGCUUGGAGGCAUUGACAAGCGUGUCAUUGAGAGGUUCGAGAAGGAAGCUGCUGAGAUGAACAAGAGGUCAUUCAAGUAUGCUUGGGUGCUUGACAAGUUGAAGGCUGAGCGUGAGCGUGGUAUUACCAUUGAUAUUGCCUUGUGGAAGUUUGAGACCACCAAAUACUACUGCACUGUUAUUGAUGCUCCUGGACAUCGUGACUUUAUCAAGAACAUGAUUACUGGUACCUCUCAGGCUGACUGUGCUGUCCUUAUCAUUGACUCUACCACUGGAGGUUUUGAGGCUGGUAUUUCCAAGGAUGGACAGACCCGUGAGCAUGCUCUGCUUGCUUUCACUCUUGGUGUCAAGCAAAUGAUUUGCUGCUGCAACAAGAUGGAUGCCACCACCCCCAAAUACUCAAAAGCAAGGUAUGAUGAAAUUGUGAAGGAAGUUUCUUCCUACCUGAAGAAGGUUGGUUACAACCCUGAGAAGAUUCCAUUUGUCCCCAUAUCUGGUUUUGAGGGUGACAACAUGAUUGAGAGGUCCACCAAUCUCGACUGGUACAAGGGUCCAACCCUCCUCGAGUCACUUGACCAGAUCAAUGAGCCCAAAAGACCAUCUGACAAACCCCUACGUCUCCCACUUCAGGAUGUCUACAAGAUUGGAGGUAUUGGAACUGUUCCUGUGGGUCGUGUUGAAACUGGUAUCCUCAAGCCUGCUAUGGUUGUUACCUUUGGUCCGACUGGAUUGACCACUGAAGUUAAGUCUGUUGAGAUGCACCAUGAGGCUCUUCAGGAGGCUCUUCCUGGUGACAAUGUUGGGUUCAAUGUCAAGAAUGUUGCUGUCAAGGAUCUCAAGCGAGGAUAUGUUGCCUCAAACUCCAAGGAUGAUCCUGCUAAAGAGGCAGCCAACUUCACUUCCCAAGUCAUCAUAAUGAACCAUCCAGGACAGAUUGGAAAUGGAUAUGCUCCUGUCCUUGAUUGCCACACCUCCCACAUCGCUGUCAAGUUUGCAGAGCUCUUGACCAAGAUUGACAGGCGUUCUGGUAAGGAGCUUGAGAAGGAGCCCAAAUUCUUGAAGAACGGUGAUGCUGGAUUUGUUAAGAUGAUUCCCACCAAGCCUAUGGUUGUAGAAACCUUCUCCGCAUACCCCCCACUUGGGCGUUUUGCCGUGAGGGACAUGAGGCAGACUGUUGCAGUUGGUGUCAUCAAGAGUGUAGAGAAGAAGGAUCCAAGUGGAGCCAAGGUGACCAAGUCUGCAGCCAAGAAGGGUGGCAAGUGAACCGAGCGGGUUUUGGUAGAUUCAACAAAAGUUUAUCAUGGUUACUCCAAUAAAGCUUUGGAUCUUGUUAGUAGGUCAUCCAUCAUUGGAUGUUUAGUUACUUGUUUUGAUGUUUGUGGUUUUAAGUCAUCACCGUCUUCUCGAGGAUAUUAUUCACAGAACUGGGUUCUUGAUAGGCGGUGGUGAGGUUUUUGUUUAGAGUACGUAGUGUGUUUUUGCUGUGUCUUAUGACUGUUAUAAACUUUAAACGGUGUCGUUUCUGUAUUAUUUGCCACCAUGAUCAGCUCAGGAGUUUUAGGUCUGUUCCUAUGCUUUUCUCCGGGAAUGUUCCUGUCAACCUAUCCAUGUUGUUCAAACUUUAUUAGUUUCACUGUUAUAAUUCUUCCAAUAUAUUUUUAGCCAUUUUAAAAAUAACUGUAG